AUGGCAGAAGAGCUGGAUAGGGAGAGGCCGCUCUUCAACGAUGAGGUGGCGGUGCAGGUCAAGCUUCCUGAAAACGUAUGCAAGACCUUGGCUCUCACGGUGCGGGUGCUGCAGGGGUCACGUCUGGCGCCGGUGGGCAGUGGGGGCGGCCAGAGGGAGGGAGUCCUGCACAUCGAGGUCACAGAUGAGCUCGACCCUUUCUUCCUCUACACACUGCAGGUUGGCGAAGAUGACUACCAUCAGCUGAAGCACGACCAGUGCCUCCGGGUAGACUUCAAGUCUUUCCCGAGGAAGUUCAUCGAGCUCCUCGAGAGCUGCCGCGCCAGCAGCGGAGCUGCUGCUGUCGAUCCCGAGUCCCGGAACGGCUACACUCCAGGCGAGGAAGGAGGAGGAGGCAGGCCGUCGAGAGGGGAACCGCUGCUGCCGUCGUCAGCAGAGCCCUCUUUCUUGGCGAGGUUGGAGACCGUUGUCCCCGGAGGCUUCUCCCUGUUCUCGGUUGUGGAGACCAAUCCGUUCAAGGAGCUCACCCACCUGAGCCUCAAGUUCCGGGUGGGGAACGAUGCGUCAAUCAAGACGUACCUUGCGGCGCGACUCCGACAGCUCAAGGCCGAGGUGUCGGUGACGUCAUCCACCCUGGAGGACACAAGAACAGCCCUGACUCGAGAGGGUGACACGCGCGCACGGCUGGACUCGGAAGUGUCGGCGUUACGCUUGGAUCGCGAACGGGAUCUGCGGGACUUGCGGGCGGCACACAGCGCGGAGUUAACCGCGGCUCGGGAGGAGGGGGUGCGCAGGGCGGAGGAGGCGGCAGCAGCAAGAUCUGUGGAGAUGGGCGCGUUGCGACGGAAGGCCGAGGAAGACGUCGCCCAAGUCUCGCAGCGCCUGCGGCAGUCCGAGCAGCGGAGAGAGGAGCUGACCGAUCUUAAGUUCGCGCACGAGGCGGAGCUGCGAGAGCUAAGGGGGAGGAGCGAGGCGGGCGAGGCCGGACGGGAAGCUGCCACUAGCGACGCCAAGGCUCUGAGGGAAGCGAACAGAGCGCUAGAGGCCAGGGCUUUCGAGGCCGAGAGGGAAGCCGACCGCCUCCGUCUGCAUGGCGCCGCGCUCGCUCAGCAGGUCACAGACGCCAAGGAAAUGGCGGAUAAGAGCCAGGCCCUGCAGGCGGCGUCAGCGGCGUCUGUGGCGCGGCUAGAAGAGACGCAAGAGGCCUACAAGGGCAGCGUGGUGGCCCUGCAGGAGAGGCUAGAGGCGAGCGUUCAUGAGAUCAACCGCGGCAACGCCAUCAUCCAAAAGCUGCAGGGGCAGUACCGGGCCCUCCGCUCGAAAGCUAAGCUCAAGAGCGAAGUCAUCAAACAGCAGGAGCGACUGCUGUCGGAGCACGAAGCGUCCAUAAGCGCGGGAGAGAGCAAGCUCAAGGCAGCGGCCGCAGAGCUAAGAGCAGCGGAGGCGAGCAGGGAGAGCCUGCAGCGGGAGCUGGCCGCGUCGGAAGGCCGCCUCGAAGAGAGCGCCCGUCUGCUCGCCUCGAACCAGCAGGUCAUCAAGUGGCUCAACAAAGAGCUCAACGACGCGCAGAUGGUCCCCGGUGGGAUUAGCACGGCAGCAGCGGCAGCGGUGGCCGAGGCAGGGGCGGCGUACGGUGUCCGAGCAGCAGCGUCGUCGCCGCUGCCGCCCUUGGGGGAGUAUAACUUUAGAGGCGUUGACGCUAGUCCGCGGGCGGGGGGUGUUGGAGGAAACGGGCGGGGUGGUGGGGUGAAAGACAUGAUGUUCACGACGGGGAUCAGGGAGAGCUUGACCGGAGGAGGAGGAGUGAGCUGGAACCUUCGUGGGACUACGCUCGACGACGGUGGCGGCGGCGGCGGCGGCGGCGGCGGCGGUGUUGGCGAUGGUAACCAAACCGGUCGCUACUCUUCUUAUGGGGGCGAGGAAGAAGGGAAAGGUACGGCUACGCCCAACCGCGGCGUAGAAAGCACGCCUGAUCACGGUGGCCGCGGCGUUGGCAGGGGGGGUUACACUCGAAUCGUCACGCCGGAGUCCGGGGGUGUGUCCGAUCCGAUGCAAGCUUCUUCCAGGUUUUUGGCGGGGGCGGAGGCGGCGACGCCAGGCAACACGAUCAAGGAAGGCUGGUACGAGGAGGGAAGCGAGAGGGACAACGAGCUAGCGGGGGGCGCGGUGGGAGGGGACGCGAUACGUGGUAUUCGAGCGUACUAG